UAUAGGCCCUAUUUGAUUAAAAUAUUACAGUACUACAGAUAAUAGAAAACACAAUGUAAUGUAAUCAACAUAUAAUUUCCCCACAGUAUUAAGUAGGUCUUUAUACUUUAAAUUAUAUAAGUGCAUAAAUAAAAUACACAUUUUCCUUAUGAAAUAGCACAAUUUAUCCACAUUUCUUGGUUGAAACAGUUUUUUUUAUGUUUUAAUAUGCUCUUAUUAUCUCGGUCAUUCUUGGGUUCUUGACUCAUUACGAAUUGAAACUGUUCUCGGUUCAACGAGUCGGUUCGAUCGGUUUUGUGAACCGGUUCAACUUAUUCAUUGAAAAGAUCCGACUCAAAGGAUUCAUUACAGCAAAUCCAUAAACAGCAAAGAUUUUUAUCCUCAUUAUUAGAUUGCCAAAGUUAUUUUAAAGUUGUGUCGGCUGCAUGUGGAUCUGAUUAAUGUGUUUUUAGUUCUCCAUAUAUAUUCAGUUUGACAGUGAUCUAACGUUAUAGCGAAGUGCAGUAGCAGGCUGCGUUUCAAAACCCAGUGAGCUGCCUACCUAGAAAGCCUAUUUAGGCAAACAAGGGCGCGUCUGGGACGCUCGAAAAGCUGUUGUGAAGGCGUCCUAACUGCUCAGAUGACUCACAAAAACGCAUUGGAACCUUACAAGCGCGCGUACGACGCCCAGAAAUGCUGUCUAGGCAGGCAGCGCUCUCGUUUUUAACACACCACCAUACUGUCCAGUGACAGGCGUGCUCGGUGCAUGCGUGCUGCUGGAGUCAGUCAGUGACGUUCUUGUCCCAGAAUGCUGCCUGGUAAACAGACAUGGAAGCACCUGGUGAAGACCUCCACAGUCACUGAGCACUGCACUCGCUCUUUGAACUGAUCUUCAUUUUCAAUAUACCCUAAAGCCUGCGCCUUUGUUCUCUCUGGCACUCUACCGGGACCUCUGAAGUCCAGGGCAUUGAUUCCCUCACCAGCUUGUGUGGCAGUCUGGAAUCACCAAAGCUGAUGAGGAUCUACUGACUUGACCAGUUUUGUUCCAAUUUUUACUUUUGACAAGCGGAAAGAAUGUCGGAAAGGGCCGAUGAUGACGUCAGGGGGGAGCAGCAGCAGCGCAGAGCGGCCAGGCAGCUGAAGCAGCAGACACAGUUCCAGCGGGGAGAAGCCUCCACAGCAAUGGCGACUGUUGCGGAGCGCAGAUCCCUGCCUAGUCCUGAAAUAAUGCUGGGACAGCCUUGGAGCAGCUGGGUCGAUGCUGUGAAACUCUACGGGAGCGACGGUACAGAAUUGGAAGAAAGUUUGAAAGAGUGCGGGAAAAAUCGCGAAGCCAUGAGACUCUGCAGAGACGACAUGCCCAUCUUUGGCCAAUGUCCUGCACAGGAUGACUUCUACCUGGUCAUGUGCAGCCACUGCAGUCAGGUAGUCAAACCCCAGGCCUUCCAAGCACACUACGAGAGAAGACACAGCUCCAGCAGCAAGCCCCCAUCCAGCUAUGCCGCCUCUGCUGCAUUCGCAAUCUCUCGAAAUAAGGGCAGCAUUGGGGGCGGAGUUGGGGGUGGGGCCGUCAGUGGAAGCACACUGGCACGCCCCUCCAGCACAAACAGCAGCAUCCCCACUAAAAUCUACAAACCAACCAAAGAGAAGCUGCCUCACAGGAAGCCUCACUUCCCCUACAGGGUGCUGCAAGAAGAGAGUCCAAGUCCUGCUGUCAAAGUAGAGAAGGUCCAUCUGAAGGUGGAAUCUUCAGCCAAACUCCCCCAUGUGCCCGCCUCUUCUUCCACCUCCUCCUCCUCGUCCUCCAAUACUGUGAGCACCUCUCCCCUGAAGUCAGGCCUUAACUUCCCCUCCAUACCAAAGGCUCCACAGCUGGCCCCUGGUCAGAUCCCCAAUGGAAAGGGACACCUCUCGUCUCAAGACAAGAAACCGGACAGCAGCAGUGCCAGUAGCAGAAGACACGUGUACAAGAGACAAGAGCGAGAGUUUAAUCCAGAUAUCCAUUGUGGGGUUAUGGAUAUGACCGCACAUAAGCCAUGCACAAGAUCCUUAACAUGCAAGACACAUUCCAUAAGCCAGAGGAGGGCGGUGCUUGGGCGGCGGCAACGCUUUGACACGCUGCUCGCUGAGCACAAGAGCAAAGCGCGCGACAAGGAGUUGCAGUUCAAGUUGGACCCCUCACACCCAGCACCCCCUCUCAGGGACCCUCACCCUCCCCCAUCCCGCCCCUCACAAGACCCUCACCUGGUCUCCCAUGGCAAUGGCACUGCUGAUGCCACCAAGCCUUUGCCCCUCAGCAAACCCAAACCUCAUAAUUCUGGGCUUCCACGACUCAACAACAGUAACUCUCACAGUGGAGGAGACCCAGCCAUGGCCCACGACCAGGCCCACCACUCUCACUCGGCCCCUGUUGGUACUGAGAGCAACCGCCUCUCCAGCGACGAGGGGGAGAAUGAAGAGAGGGAGGAAGCCACGGAGAAACUGGACUGCCAUUAUUCGGGUUACCACCCACGACCAGCUGCUUACUGCACUUUUGGAAGUCGAUUGUACGGUAGAGGAUGUUACGCAUUUGACCGGCGCUGGGAUCAAGUACGGUGUGCUCUCACCACCAUGCUGGACAAGCAUGUCAACUCACAAAUGUGGAAGAAAAUCCCUCUGGCGUUGGAGAACUCUGCAACAACACCAACAGCCUCUCACCGGACAAGCACAAAUUCCCAUUCUUCUUCAUCCUCCUCCAUAUCCGCAGGCUUUCUCAGCCUGUCUUCGCCGCCGCCUUAUGAUAGCAAGCCGGUCCUGUCGUACGGCACCACCCUGAACGCCCGCUCUUCUCCGCAAGCCUCCGCAACCGAGCAGCCCGCCUACAGUGGCGCUUCUAGACAAGUGUCAGCCUCAUCACCCCAGAUGCCUUCAGCCCACUUGUCCUCGCUACCCUCGUUGGGCUCCAACCGACCCCUUAAAUCCCGAUCUGGUACAAAGUCCUUCAGGGCUCGGGAGCCAUCCUCCAGCCUAAGUAACUCUAUCGUCAAGGGUAGUAAUAAUAGCAGCGUUAGCGUCAGUGGAAAUGCGAGCGGUAGCCUCAGUUCGGGCAAGAAGCGGAAAAACAGUUCCUUGCUAACCUCCCAUAGCAAUUACACCUCUGAAUCUUCCUCAUCUUCAUCUUUUAAGAAGAACUGUGCAGUAAACGCGGGCAGCCUGGGUAGUGCCUACCACUCCUCGCUCGCCUCCACCCCCUCUUCGUCUUCGUCAUCAGCAUCGUCAUCAUCCCACAGUGGGGUGUACAGUGUGGGGGUAAACUGCACCCCAGGCAGGGCCAACUCUCUGAGCUUGAAGCAGGAGUCGACAGGUCGCGGCCCUCCUUCUGGCAGCCCUGCCGAGUCCAUUAAACGCAUGAGUGUGGUGAUGAACAGCAGCGACUCCACCCUCUCCCUCGGGCCAUUUGUUCACCAGAGCAGCGAUCAUCACACAGAUGCACGUCUAGAAGCCAAAAGGAGGAAGGGUUCGCCUGGCUCAAGUAGCCUCAACAGCACAGCGUCUGGAGCAGGAGGGGGAGGAGGACAAGGUCCUGGCAGGCCCAAAAUGGCCAAGUCUCCAUCAAUCAACAACAUCCACAGCAAGCACGCUCGCUCUAUACCUGGACCACCAGGGCUCCCUAACAAUUCACUCAUACAUCAGCCAAAGGCUCGUCCCUGACACCGGUGUGGAGGCUCUGAGCGUGCUGAGCAGUAGGCUGGACCCAGAGCUCCCUCAGCCCCCUCAUGCCACUCUGCACGAGGCCUUCUUUUUCUCUUACUCUUCCCACAAUCCUCAGGGUGGAAUGCACACUGGGUGGCCCAUUUGAUGUCCUUCGUGGGGAUUUCCUCCCAAAGCCAUGCAGGGGCACUCUCCUGGGAUAGGAUAAUAAGCCAGAGAGAUAUAGUUCUCCUGUCGGAGGUUAUAAUGAAUCUAUACAAUGCACCAUUGGGUACAACGCCUGCUGCGUAGAGCUACCCAGCCUGAGCACUUCCGCUGGGGUCUGAAGGUACAGAUUUGGGCUGGUACGUAGCCUCACCAACACUACCAAGCAUAGGAGGGAUGGGCAACGCGAACAAGAUGAGUUCCUUUACCGAUGUUCUUCGGUAUGUGUGGACAUAUGAGAAUACUGGAAACUGAAAUCCUACUCAGCCUUGGACGAAAAGUGUACAGGAGAGGAACAUCCCUACAGUAGACACACAAUCAACUUAAGUUAAUCAUAACACAUGAUCUCACUGGAAGGCUGAAUAAGAUCGAGCUACGCUCACUGCAGAUAGACAUGACAGGAGUGGAGUUUCAACAUGAGCAACCUAAACUUAAAGAUUAUGCAAACUAGACAUUUUUAGACCACAUUUCGUUUACAGGCUAGCAAAUGUAUAGCAAAGAGAACAAAAUACCAUUUAUCAUACCCAUUUUUCCAUUGUUUUUGGAAAGAAAGAAAAAACUAAUCAUGCUUAAAUUUAGAUUUUUGUUUUAUUUCAAGGGAUUUUUUUUUAUGAACUUCAGUUAAAGGAGUUAUUUUGGGCUGCUUUCUUCAAAUUCCUUUUUUUUUUUUUUUUUUUUCUCAGAAAAAUCCAACCUUGACUUGAACUCUUAACAUCCUGCGUUAGUUAAAGCACUUGAUUUUUGUUUUCACGCCAUUAAUUUUAAUAAUUUUAGGAUUGUUAGUAGCCUAGCAUGUCUUUACUGAAUCUCUGAGCAACAGUUGUCUCUUGAAGCUCCAAAAAAACUCAAACACCACAAAUAUUCAGUUUUAGGUACAUUAAGGGCUUGAUUCAGUAAAGCUUUUAGCACAUGCGAAAACAACUGCAGGAACAAAAUGAGAGACAGCAGAUGACGUUUCUAAUCCUCCAAUUCCCAUUGUAGCACUAAAGAAGCAUGUGCUGAAAUCUUAAUGUACUAAAAUCUGCAGUCUUGCUUGAAAAUGAUUGUAGGAGAGCCAUUUCCUGUUGUCAAUGCCUUAGGCAUGGUAUUGUUUUUUGCCGUUUCAAUCUCAGAAAGGGGUUUAUGGCUAGUUGAUGUUGAGCCAUAGACCAACAUUACAGACACACUAUCAUCUCAGCAAUGGAGUAGACAUCUUCAUGACUCUCAAUACUGUGACACAUAUACAGUAGUCUGGCCAUCACCAUCUCGUGAAAUAACCACUAACUUAUACUGCGACCGAACGUUCCUGAAUUGAUGCGACACAAACCUAAAGAGGUUAGUAGCUGGACAUUCUGAUUUAAAUCUCAUUUUCAUUGUGGGUCUGUCAAUUUAAAAAGGCAAUAGAUCCUUUUUUUGACUCGUUGAACUUCAGAAGAGAUGUUGGGCUGGAUUUUGUUGUGUUGGGGCUUCUCUUUAAAACUCCUGUAAAUUCCUGAACUCCACUGAUGUCAGUCAGCAAUCGUUGCUGAGAAAAGUAGAGCAUGAUUUUUUUUUUCCGGGUUUUUUUCCUUGUGUGUGUAUUUUUUCCUUCGGCUUUUUCGUACUCGAAACCGAAUACAAAUAUUGAAGUAUCCCUAUUUCAGAAUACAUAUUUUGUUAAAGAAUUGUACAUAUGGAGAUGUAUUUUUGCACAGGCAUUUUCGUAAUAAAUUUUGGUACAAUUGAGAUCAUUAUUUAUUUAGUAAAUGGAAACAUUCUAAGAUUAUUAGAAGUGGUUCACUGCCAAGCCGAUAAUGCAAUACGCCACUCUAUCCAAACACAGCUUCUUGUAAGUCACAUGCCGAGUUCCCCCAGACAGAUUGUUGCCACAGUAGUGGGAAAUCAUCCACAGUAUAUAUAUAUUAUUUUUUUAAGUGUUAAUAUUGCUUUUUUUUCCCCCUCAUGAUGCCUCCCCAUCUCAAUCCAAGAGGUCAGAGAAUGUGAUCAAAAUAGCCCGUUCAACUGUGCAAAAGAUUUCUGGCUGGCUGAUGUAUUUUGUAGGACUUUUCUAACUGGGAGAGGGAACAAAACAGUUGUACAGUGCAAAAGGUGCACCACUGUUGCCAAAUGUUGUAAUUGGAUACACUGCUUUUUAAUUAUUCAUUUGCUUUUAUUUAACGCUGACAAAAAGAGAAAGUGCCUGAAUUAGUUUCUCAUCGACUGUUGUUUAGGCAGAGCUUUUUAUUUCAUGUAUUCAUUUUUCCACAGUACUUGAAUGUUAUAUAAAGGUUUAGAAACUUUUUAAACCUGCCUAGGAAUCUCAUACGUCGCCCUUUUCCCCUUCAAGUAGAGCCGUAACUGAUUGAUGAAAUGCAUGGCAGAGGAGAAACACUUGACACUGACAUGAGAAAAGCUUCCCAUCUGUCCCUUGUAUUCUUUUAUGACUACUUUUGAUAUUAGAAAUUUUCAAAGCGAGAGGGAUAGAUAUUUUUGUGGCUAAGUCGGUGAUUUCAACCAAUGUUUUAGGCAGAUAAAUGUACUGUUUACCUUGAAAUUGUAACUCCACUGUUUUCAGAAGAUGAAAGCUUUGUGAAGAUGUUUGACUAAACACCACAGGUUUGGAAUGUGAAUCGAAGAUAAAAACAGUUUGCUUUUUGGGGAAGAAGCCUCUACAUAUAAACCUAUGUACAAGUGUGUAUAUUUUGAUUUUUUUUUUUUUUGUAUACAUAUUCAAAUCAUUUGAUCAGCUGGACUUUUGUGUGUUGGCUGCUAUGUAAUUCAUGAACAAACACAGUAGGGUAGAUUUACUUAAUAUUUAAAGAAAAGAUUGUAUAGUAUAUUUGUUUUGUAACAAGUUUCUGUAAAUAUAAAAAAAAAUAAUUUAUACAGUUAUUUAUAAGAAAAA